AUGGCCCAGUGCCCAGGAGCAGCAGCAUUGGCCGUGCUGGAUGAGAUGCUGGAAAUCACAGCCCAGAGCCUGGUGCACACCGAGGUGGCUGAGCACUACCAGGUCAUCCGGGAGCUAGGCAGGGGCAAGUAUGGCCAUGUGGUGCUGGUGACACAUAGGCAGAGAGGGACCCCCAUGGCUCUCAAGCUGCUGCCCAAAGCUCACACCAAGCUGCACACCUUCCUGUAUGAGUACUGCGUGGCGCUCUCCCUCGCAACCCACCCUGCCAUCAUCGGCAUGUUUGGCAUUGCCAUUGAGUCCAGCCAGCACUAUGGCUUUCUCUACGAGCCAGCAUUGCACAGAGACCUCAUCUCCAUCAUCAAACCACGGGACGGGAUCCCCGAGCCAGCUACCAAGCAGUGUGCCAAGCAGCUGGUGAGUGCCCUGGAGUUCAUCCACAGCCGGGGGCUGGUGUAUCGAGACGUCAAGCCCGAGAACGUGUUGCUCUUUGACCCAGAGUGCCGGCGCAUCAAGCUGACCGACUUCGGGCUCACCCGGCCCAAGGGCACCCGGCUCAAGCUGGUGGCUGGGGUGAUCCCCUACACCGCUCCGGAGUUGAGCAACACCACCAGUGCCCAGGGCCUGCCCAUCGAUGCCAGCCUGGAUGCCUGGGCCUUUGGUGUGAUGCUCUUCUGCCUGCUGACCGGCUACUUCCCCUGGGAGCAAAGCCUGCCAGCUGACCCCUUCUUUGAGGGCUUCAUGCUGUGGCAGGAGUCAGGCCUGGAUGAGGACCUACCACACCAUUGGAGGCGCCUGACAGCUGAGGCCACCCACAUGCUGCGGAGCCUGUUGGUCCUGGAUCCUGCCCAGCGCAGCCCUGUCAGCGGGGCCCUGCAUUAUGUCGACUGCCCCUGGAGAGUGGAGAACUGGCAUGGUGAGGAUGCUCUGCUUUGUUUGCCUGUUAAUAACACUCUGUUCCUUGCUGUGAGUCUCACUAGACUGACCGGUCAAUAG